GAAGUAUCCAGAUAAUUUAUAUUCAAGUGAAUCGGUAUUACUCAUCGUAACGGCUAGGUCUUGAAACCAGUAGGACGUGUUUAUACAAAAAAAACCCGACAAAAUGAGAGAAAUUGUACAUCUUCAAGCCGGACAGUGUGGAAAUCAAAUCGGCGCUAAGUUCUGGGAGGUGAUCUCAGAAGAGCACGGUAUUGACCCCACAGGUACAUACCACGGAGAUUCGGACCUCCAACUCGAGAGAAUCAACGUAUAUUAUUGUGAAGCGACAGGUGGUAAAUAUGUUCCACGUGCAGUGCUGGUCGAUCUUGAACCUGGGACCAUGGACUCCGUGAGAUCCGGACCUUUCGGUCAGAUCUUCAGACCAGACAACUUUGUCUUCGGGCAGAGCGGGGCUGGUAACAACUGGGCCAAGGGUCACUACACAGAGGGUGCUGAGCUCGUGGACUCCGUACUUGAUGUUGUUCGUAAAGAGGCAGAAAGCUGUGAUUGUCUUCAGGGAUUCCAACUUACACACUCUCUGGGUGGUGGUACUGGGUCUGGCAUGGGAACUUUACUUAUCAGCAAAAUCCGUGAGGAGUACCCCGACAGAAUCAUGGUCACUUUCUCAGUUGUUCCAUCACCUAAGGUAUCAGACACCGUCGUUGAGCCAUACAACGCUACCUUGUCAGUCCAUCAACUGGUCGAGAACACAGACGAGACCUUCUGUAUCGACAACGAGGCUUUAUAUGACAUUUGUUUCAGGACCCUGAAACUGACCACGCCUACAUAUGGAGACUUGAAUCAUCUCGUGUCAGCCACAAUGUCCGGUGUUACGACGUGUCUCCGUUUCCCAGGUCAGUUGAACGCCGAUCUCCGUAAACUGGCCGUCAACAUGGUUCCCUUCCCACGUCUCCACUUCUUUAUGCCAGGUUUCGCACCUCUUACCUCUCGUGGUAGCCAGCAGUACAGAGCUCUCACUGUCCCUGAGCUUACACAACAGAUGUUCGACGCCAAAAACAUGAUGGCUGCCUGCGAUCCGCGUCACGGACGAUACCUCACGGUCGCCGCCAUUUUCAGAGGACGUAUGUCCAUGAAGGAGGUCGAUGAACAGAUGUUGAACGUCCAGAACAAGAACAGCAGCUACUUUGUCGAAUGGAUCCCAAACAACGUUAAGACCGCCGUCUGCGAUAUCCCGCCACGUGGUCUGAAGAUGUCCGCUACUUUCAUCGGUAACAGUACCGCCAUCCAGGAACUGUUCAAGCGUAUCUCCGAACAGUUCACGGCUAUGUUCCGUCGAAAGGCUUUCUUGCAUUGGUACACUGGCGAGGGUAUGGACGAGAUGGAGUUCACCGAGGCGGAAUCGAACAUGAACGACUUGGUAUCAGAGUACCAGCAGUACCAGGACGCCACCGCCGAGGAGGAGGGCGAAUUUGACGAGGAAGAGGAGGAGGGAGAGGAAGCAUAAAUCUUUAUUAGACAUAAAAAUGACAAUGAAAAGAGGCCAUUAAUUCGGAUGAGUCUUUCUGUCUUCGCACCAAAAUUGGGAAAAAAAUGUACUCGAGUAACAAAUUUAUCUGCCUCGUUUUGAGAUUAAUUUGACCUGUUAUAACUCGACUAGUCAAUGUCGUUUGUUCAUUACCUGUUGUAUGUUACUCUAAAGUUCUAAGUGCAAUAAUUGAGUCACGAAUCUUUUUCUCAUUUCUUACUGUCGUUCUUGUUGUAACAUUGCGACAUUGAUUGUCCAAUUGUGGCAUCUCGAUACUCAUUAAAUAAAGUGAAGAAAACAAUGAA